UGCUCUGAAACCCCAACCGAGGGUUUAGGCAGAACCUGGUGCCUUCGCUCCUCUCUCUCUCUCUCUCUCUCUCUCAUGCUCUGACGAUGACGGAGACUGUGAGGCUGCGCGUGGAAUUCAAGGACCGGCACAUUCUGAGCAAGUCACAGAGCACCGACGGACUCCGACGGAGCUGGAUUCUCCUGAAACCUCAACACCGCACCAUCUCCGACCUCGCCGCCUAUCUCCUCCACGUCUUCGACCUCCACGAUUCUUGCCCCGAUGGCCUCCUCAUCUCCAUGGAUGAGUUUGUGUUGCCGCCGUUUGAGUCCACCUGCAUUUUCAAGGAUAGAGAUAUUGUCAGUGUGAAAAGGAAAGGUGUGUCUGAAGUUGACAUGAUUGAGGAUGGAAGAAACUGUAUUGAGGUUGAAGAAAUCGUGGAGAGGCAACUUGUGAAUGGAGGUAUGAAGCUUCUGGCUAAUGAGGAGUUCGAGAAGGAGAAGGGAGGGUAUGAAAGUGAGCUAGAAGAGGAUGAACCUGACCAGUUGGAAGAUAUAUUGCCGGUUAAAAAUGCGCUGGACAACGAUACAAGCACACUUUCCAAGAAAAGGAAGCGAUCAAAUAAACCUGAGAGCUCCAAGAAGAAGAGAAGUAAAUCUGCUACUACUGGAGGAUGUUCAGUUGUCCCAGAAGAUGUUCAAGGUGAUGUCCAAGAGGACAAGAACAGAAGCUCUCGUAAGCGUCGUCUUAGAAAGAGUCUUUCCAAGAAGGAAAAGUCAACUACUGGAGAGGGUGGGCUGGAUGAUUCAAGCACCUCUGAAACUGAUAAAAGGACCAACAACAUAAGUCAUUCUACACCCAGUGCAAACAGGCACAGUCAGCUUCAAGAGAAUGGCAUAAACGGUGUUGUUUCAUCUGACAAGCCUGAUGAAAGUAAAAAGUUGCCUAGUAGAAGUGCUCGACGUAAAAAGGCCAAAAGAAUAUGGAAGAGGGAAAACAUGAAAGCUCAGAAGGAAGAGUGUUCCAUUUUGCAGUUACAUCAGACACAGGUAGGCAAACCGGUUAAUCAGCAAUCAUCUGACAAAGAUAAUCAGAAAUCAUCAAACAAAGCUGAUCAACAAUCAUCUGACAAAGCUAAUCAGCAAUUAUCUGACAAAGAUAAUCAGAAAAGCUCUGAAGAAGAUGAACCAAAUACAGAUAAUGAUGAAGAAGACAACGUUGUUCCUGUAGUAACUAGGCCAGGACACAUUCGCUUUGCACCCCUCGGUAAAGUGGAAGCAGAUCAGAGUUUCCAGCAGAAUGAAAUUCCAGUGAAAACUUUUCAGUGGAAUGGAAUAACCAGCAAGAAGAAGGGUCAAAAAUGGGGUAUGGAGAAAACAUCAUAUUCAAAUAAGAGCAACUAUGAAGAUCUGUACCAAGAGUCAUCUAAAAUGCCUGGUAUUGAAGAAGAGAUUCCUGAAAAUUAUUCCAUAGACUUUAAUAAGCUUGAGCUCUCUACCAGUGUACCGAAGGAAGGUGAUCUAAUUGCAUAUCGGUUGAUUGAAUUAUCAUCAUGCUGGACCCCUGAAGUGUCUUCCUAUCGAGUUGGAAAAGUGUCACGGUACAACCUUCAAUCAAAUAAGAUUGUGCUAGUACAGGUUCCAGAAUAUCCCAUUGUUUUUGAGGAGACAGAUGAAGAAUCUGAGGUUCAACCAGAUACAUCCCUUUAUGGGGAAGAUGGUUCUUUAGAGAUAGAUUAUUCUUCUCUUAUCGAUGUCCGCAUUGUCAAGUAUGGGAACCUGAACACAGCCAAAGCAGUCACUGGAGAUCAAAAUGAUGUAUCCAGUUUUAGGCUCAAGAAUGGCACGGAAACUAGGGCUCUAUCAGGUUUCAGGCUCAAGAAUGUCAAAGAAACUCAGGCUGCUGCAUUAGGCUUCAGGCUUAAGAAUGACAAGGGAACUCAGGCUGCUGCAUCAGGUUUCAGCAUUAAGAAUGACAAGGAAACUCGUGCUAGUGCACAAGAAAAUGGAAAAGCAGGUGCAUGGGAUGAAAUCAGCCAGGCAUUGAAUGCGAAGAAAGCGGAGCUUUCUCAGGAAGAAGGCUGGGGUAAAAAUGAUGGUUCAGGAAGUAGCUCGUGGACAUCUAGGCCCUGGAGGGGUAGCGCAUUGGGUCCAACAAUGGCUCUUUUAAGAGCGCAAAGUGAGCUAUGAGGAAGAUCUGUAAUAAAUAUAUAUGGUCUGUCAAUCAGAUGAAGUGGGGCUGGUGAUUUUGUUAACUUAUGACAGUAGUAAAGGGACGUUAUUUUGGGUGUAAAAAGGAAACCUCGACGAAGUACUGUACAGUGGGAGUUAAUUUUAAGGGUCCGUAGAAGAACACCCUUUUGAAUCGUCGUGAUGAUGAUGUUAGAAUGUUGCUUAAUGAGCUCUUACGUUUCUCCUCAGAUAUGAAGAGAAACAAUUAACUGUUCUAAAA